AUGGCGAUGACCCCGUCAUUUGAUCGUGCCAUUGGCGAUUAUGUAUACUUAAGCCCGUCAUUUGAGCGUGCCAUUGGCGAUUAUGUAUCCUUCAGCCUGUCAUUUGAUCGUGCCAUUGGCGAUUAUGUAUACUUAAGCCCGUCAUUUGAUCGUGUCAUUGGCGAUUAUGUAUCCUUCAGCCUGUCAUUUGAUCGUGCCAUUGGCGAUUAUGUAUCCUUCAGCCUGUCAUUUGAUCGUGCCAUUGGCGAUUAUGUAUCCUUCAGCCCGUCAUUUGAUCGUGCCAUUGGCGAUUAUGUAUACUUAAGCCUGUCAUUUGAUCGUGUCAUUGGCGAUUAUGUAUCCUUCAGCCUGUCAUUUGAUCGUGCCAUUGGCGAUUAUGUAUACUUCAGCCCGUCAUUUGAUCGUGCCAUUGGCGAUUAUGUAUACUUAAGCCCGUUAUUUGAUCGUGUCAUUGGCGAUUAUGUAUCCUUCAGCCUGUCAUUUGAUCGUGCCAUUGGCGAUUAUGUAUACUUAAGCCCGUCAUUUGAUCGUGCCAUUGGCGAUUAUGUAUACUUAAGCCCGUUAUUUGAUCGUGUCAUUGGCGAUUAUGUAUCUUUCAGCCUGUCAUUUGAUCGUGUCAUUGGCGAUUAUGUAUCCUUCAGCCUGUCAUUUGAUCGUGCCAUUGGCGAUUAUGUAUCCUUCAGCCUGUCAUUUGAUCGUGCCAUUGGCGAUUAUGUAUACUUAAGCCCGUCAUUUGAUCGUGCCAUUGGCGAUUAUGUAUACUUAAGCCCGUUAUUUGAUCGUGUCAUUGGCGAUUAUGUAUCCUUCAGCCUGUCAUUUGAUCGUGUCAUUGGCGAUUAUGUAUACUUAAGCCCGUUAUUUGAUCGUGUCAUUGGCGAUUAUGUAUACUUAAGCCCGUCAUUUGAUCGUGCCAUUGGCGAUUAUGUAUCCUUCAGCCCGUCAUUUGAUCGUGCCAUUGGCGAUUAUGUAUACUUAAGCCCGUCAUUUGAUCGUGUCAUUGGCGAUUAUGUAUCCUUCAGCCCGUCAUUUGAUCGUGCCAUUGGCGAUUAUGUAUACUUAAGCCCGUCAUUUGAUCGUGUCAUUGGCGAUUAUGUAUCCUUCAGCCCGUCAUUUGAUCGUGCCAUUGGCGAUUAUGUAUCCUUCAGCCCGUCAUUUGAUCGUGUCAUUGGCGAUUAUGUAUACUUAAGCCCGUCAUUUGAUCGUGUCAUUGGCGAUUAUGUAUCCUUCAGCCCGUCAUUUGAUCGUGCCAUUGGCGAUUAUGUAUACUUAAGCCCGUCAUUUGAUCGUGUCAUUGGCGAUUAUGUAUCCUUCAGCCCGUCAUUUGAUCGUGCCAUUGGCGAUUAUGUAUACUUAAGCCCGUCAUUUGAUCGUGUCAUUGGCGAUUAUGUAUCCUUCAGCCCGUCAUUUGAUCGUGCCAUUGGCGAUUAUGUAUCCUUCAGCCCGUCAUUUGAUCGUGUCAUUGGCGAUUAUGUAUCCUUCAGCCCGUCAUUUGAUCGUGUCAUUGGCGAUUAUGUAUCCUUCAGCCCGUCAUUUGAUCGUGUCAUUGGCGAUUAUGUAUCCUUCAGCCCGUCAUUUGAUCGUGUCAUUGGCGAUUAUGUAUCCUUCAGCCCGUCAUUUGAUCGUGUCAUUGGCGAUUAUGUAUACUUAAGCCCGUCAUUUGAUCGUGUCAUUGGCGAUUAUGUAUCCUUCAGCCCGUCAUUUGAUCGUGCCAUUGGCGAUUAUGUAUACUUAAGCCCGUCAUUUGAUCGUGCCAUUGGCGAUUAUAUAUACUUAAGCCCGUCAUUUGAUCGUGCCAUUGGCGAUUAUGUAUACUUAAGCCUGUCAUUUGAUCGUGCCAUUGGCGAUUAUGUAUACUUAAGCCUGUCAUUUGAUCGUGCCAUUGGCGAUUAUGUAUACUUAAGCCCGUUAUUUGAUCGUGUCAUUGGCGAUUAUGUAUACUCUAGUCAUUUAUUUGAUCGUGCCAUUGGCGAUUAUGUAUACUUAAGCCUGUCAUUUGGUCGUGCCAUUGGCGAUUAUGUAUACUUAAGCCUGUCAUUUGAUCGUGCCAUUGGCGAUUAUGUAUACUUAAGCCCGUCAUUUGAUCGUGUCAUUGGCGAUUAUGUAUACUUAAGCCUGUCUUUUGAUCGUGCCAUUGGCGAUUAUGUAUACUUAAGCCCGUUAUUUGAUCGUGUCAUUGGCGAUUAUGUAUACUCUAGUCAUUUAUUUGAUCGUGCCAUUGGCGAUUAUGUAUACUUAAGCCUGUCAUUUGGUCGUGCCAUUGGCGAUUAUGUAUACUUAAGCCUGUCAUUUGAUCGUGCCAUUGGCGAUUAUGUAUACUUAAGCCCGUCAUUUGAUCGUGUCAUUGGCGAUUAUGUAUACUUAAGCCUGUCAUUUGAUCGUGCCAUUGGCGAUUAUGUAUCCUUCAGCCCGUCAUUUGAUCGUGCCAUUGGCGAUUAUGUAUCCUUCAGCCCGUCAUUUGAUCGUGUCAUUGGCGAUUAUGUAUCCUUCAGCCCGUCAUUUGAUCGUGUCAUUGGCGAUUAUGUAUCCUUCAGCCCGUCAUUUGAUCGUGUCAUUGGCGAUUAUGUAUACUUAAGCCCGUCAUUUGAUCGUGUCAUUGGCGAUUAUGUAUACUUAAGCCCGUCAUUUGAUCGUGUCAUUAGCGAUUAUGUAUACUUAAGCCCGUCAUUUGAUCGUGCCAUUGGCGAUUAUGUAUACUUAAGCCCGUCAUUUGAUCGUGCCAUUGGCGAUUAUGUAUACUUAAGCCCGUCAUUUGAUCGUGCCAUUGGCGAUUAUGUAUCCUUCAGCCCGUCAUUUGAUCGUGCCAUUGGCGAUUAUGUAUACUUAAGCCCGUCAUUUGAUCGUGUCAUUGGCGAUUAUGUAUCCUUCAGCCCGUCAUUUGAUCGUGCCAUUGGCGAUUAUGUAUACUUAAGCCCGUCAUUUGAUCGUGUCAUUGGCGAUUAUGUAUCCUUCAGCCCGUCAUUUGAUCGUGCCAUUGGCGAUUAUGUAUACUUAAGCCCGUCAUUUGAUCGUGUCAUUGGCGAUUAUGUAUCCUUCAGCCCGUCAUUUGAUCGUGCCAUUGGCGAUUAUGUAUCCUUCAGCCCGUCAUUUGAUCGUGUCAUUGGCGAUUAUGUAUCCUUCAGCCCGUCAUUUGAUCGUGUCAUUGGCGAUUAUGUAUCCUUCAGCCCGUCAUUUGAUCGUGUCAUUGGCGAUUAUGUAUCCUUCAGCCCGUCAUUUGAUCGUGUCAUUGGCGAUUAUGUAUACUUAAGCCCGUCAUUUGAUCGUGUCAUUGGCGAUUAUGUAUACUUAAGCCCGUCAUUUGAUCGUGUCAUUGGCGAUUAUGUAUACUUAAGCCCGUCAUUUGAUCGUGCCAUUGGCGAUUAUGUAUACUUAAGCCCGUCAUUUGAUCGUGCCAUUGGCGAUUAUGUAUACUUAAGCCCGUCAUUUGAUCGUGCCAUUGGCGAUUAUGUAUACUUAAGCCCGUCAUUUGAUCGUGCCAUUGGCGAUUAUGUAUACUUAAGCCCGUCAUUUGAUCGUGUCAUUGGCGAUUAUGUAUACUUAAGCCUGUCAUUUGAUCGUGCCAUUGGCGAUUAUGUAUACUUAAGCCCGUCAUUUGAUCGUGUCAUUGGCGAUUAUGUAUCCUUCAGCCUGUCAUUUGGUCGUGUCAUUGGCGAUUAUCAUACUUAA